UUUUGGGCGCCAAAAUGUUGUAUCGGGUUUGAUGCAGUUUCAAUUCAGGAAUCAAUUGACUUUGAAAAUAUUUCUGACUUGUCACUUUCUAUGACUCGAAAUGACGCAGGAAUAAGCGAAAGUAAAACUGAAGAAAUUCAAGCAAUAUGCAUCAAGAAGGCAGUGAGCUCAGUUUUGAUGCCUCUCAUGGCUGCAGGUUGUAAUCCUAUGUACUGGCUCGGUGGUUCAAAGAAGAAGAAUAUGAAAACUGAAGCAUACAGCUGUUUCUGCAAGCUUUUUGCAGAAAAACCUUAAAAAGACAUCUAUUGGCUUGUAAAAGAAAAUCAUGCAUCCUAAAGUUUUGAUCAGGCAAAAAUGCGAGUCCUCAGAACAUUUUGUCUCCUCUACUCUGAAAAUCAACACAUAUGCGUGACCCAACAAACAGAAGAUUCUUAAAUGUACUUGUCUCCUUCGCCUCAAAGUUCUUUCAAAUUCAGAGUCAUUGCAACGAUACAUAUAUUCAACUCACUUUCCAUUUUAGUCCUUGGUCUGUUACAACUUUAAUCAAUGAUGAAAGAUAAACUUCCAUCAACUGAACAUGGUUUUGCAAACUGAACUGCGGAAUUAUUCUAUUGAAAUCACAUUUCAAUUUGUAUUGUUUGGUUUUCUUUGAUAAAUAUAUUUAAAUUCUU